AUGACUGCAGUCCUCAUGAAUUCUCUCCUCCUCGCCCUCCGCCUCUCAUCUUGGAUGACUUCUUUCCUCGGAAUGAGAGUGCUUCGUGCAGCCAAGGACCUCAAGACCCACCUUCAGCCAUGGAUAGCGAACUUGACCCCGAAGAGAUCCUCAAUGCAGCUGAUGCUCUCCUGCAAGAAUGUGGCAUUCCCGCCCAAUCAGUUUACCAAGAUAUGGAGCAAGACGACAUGCUGCAGAAGGCCAUGCCGCAUGCAUCGCAACAGUGGAGCGACUCGGAACUGGCUUUUUACCAGUAAAGCUGCCGUGUUUGAAAUCUUGAUAAUGGAUGAACUGACGAAUUUCUUGAUUAGAUCAAUUGUGGUUGAUAAACGUGAUGCGGUGAAGCACGAUGAAGGUCUGAAGGAGCAUUUUGAAGAGCUCAACUUCUACCGGAGCAUCAUCGCAAAAGAAGAAGAAUUGAAACAGCAAGAGGGCCAACUGACUGAGGAAUCAGGACCAAGUCCAAUCAAGAAGAAACCGGAUGGAUUCUUUAUUGAGCAAGAAAUUGACAGCAAGGGAAGAAUACGAGUGAAGCAAGAUUCGGUGUUGAUGCCGAGCAUCGACUCGCAGCAUGACUUAUUCAUGGUCGAUGGAGUGCUUGUGAAUGCCUUGGGUGAGGAAGUGCAGCCGGUGAAGGGCUCGCAAGAUCACUCGCAGGUUGUUGCUCCUCAGACAAUGUCUGCGACAAGGAUCUCAAGGGAAGAGGAUGGGUCCAAUUCUGAUGAUGAUCUCUCGCUUCCAUGGCAAGUCCCAGCAGAGGUGGCAGAGAAGGUCAAGGAUAAAAGCAGGACAGACGUGAUGGAAGAGUACAACAAGCGGCUGCAGAUGCAAGCGACACAGAAGGCUCUCAAAGCAGGGAUCUUCGCUGGUGCGGCAGAGACUGGCUGGCAUGGAACAUGGCUCCAAACCAUCACCGACUUCAGUUGA